AUGGAUCCUUGGAACAUAGCGGGAGUCGUUUUGGCCGCGUCCAAAGUCGCCUGGCACAUCGGAAUAUUCUGGCAGGAGUCUGGAAAUGCCCCCACUGAAAUAAGAGAAUUGCAUCAGACCGUAUCUCUGCUCCAGCGAUCCAUCGAAAACGUCCGCGAUGGCUUCCUCUCGCGUGGGAUGCUCGACGAUGUGGAAGAAAAGAAUUACAGGUCCAUCAUCAACCUCGUCAACAAAUGCGAGAACGACUUGGAGCGGCUACAAAUCAUCUUGCCCAAACCACCAGAUAAGGACGGGACCUUUGCCGGCCUGAGGGCGCAAUUUGCCCGAAAGUUGUGCGAGGACACCGUGAAGGACAUAAUUAUGGGCAUCAAGCUUUGCAAUAGCGCCCUUCAGAUUGAAAUCCAGUCCCUCACCGUCUUCGGAAUGGAGAAAGCCGAAAAGCCCGAACACACAAGCAUCCAGAAGGCAUGGGAAAAGGUUCUUGAUGAAGCCGAUCGGAGCCUAUGCCAUCGUCCAUUCCGGAAUGGAGACCCGGACUGGAACGACAAACUGGAUAACUUUGUUGACUCCUUGAGGGAGAGUGCUUCGACAUCUGAUGGCCGAACCACAGUUCCUGAUCUCCCUCCUCCGCUCUCUCGUCCGCUGAGGAGGGGCAGCGGCUCUACCUUAGCCACGACCACUGCAGUAACCAACCGAGACGACGGCGAUAGUGGUGUCUACAUCCCCGACGAGCGCGAUGAAUCUCAGGUAAAAUUGGCGGCGGUGCCAAGUGUGCUUCGUAAUUCCGUCCUUAGCAGGACCUUGAAGAAGGUUUCGGAGUUCAUGCGAGAAGGAGACUACCAUAAAGCAGCCACAUAUCAGAAUCGGGCUAUCGGCUACCGUCGUAUGUUUUCUGGUGACGAGCCUCCGGAUACUGUCGAGAUUUGCCGGGACGAUAUGAAGCUAGCUGAGAUCUACCGCAAGAUCGGAACCCCCAGCGAUCUCCAGCUUGCCGAGAAGGUCCUCCUCGGAGUGAUAGACCGUGUCGAGACAGAAGAGCUUGAUUCCAAAGAACAGAAGGAUGUCUUGCGUGCUGAACUAUACCACGACCUUGGACAUACCUGCAUCCAGUUGGAGAAGUUGGAUGAGGGAUGCAGUUAUCUCAGAGAUGCUUUCGACCUAAUGAUUGGAUCCACGAAUCAAUCCAUGUCCCUUCUGCGAAGCGCUGGAAUAAUGCUCUUCCGUGUUUAUACAAACCAAAACAGUUCCGAGGCGGCAGAAGUUAUUGACGAACAUGCCGAGGAAACUUGCGGGUUUUCUCUAAGCACCCUGUCCUGGUGCCAAGAGCAUGGCUUUGAUACCGAGGCCGAGGAAUUCAGAUUCGACAGACGCCAUCCAAUUAAAGGCACCUCCCCGCUUCAUAUUGCCGUCGAAAAGGGGGAUCUUGAUGUUCUCGGACACAUGCUACGACAUCCCCUGAAUCUGGAGGUUAGGGAGUCGAGGAAUCGUCGAACCCCUCUCCUCAUUGCCUGCUCGCAGCAGGAUGCCGAGGUUGUAAAACUCCUUAUCUCCCAUGGGGCCGAUAUCAACGUCGUCGAUGAGCUCUCUAAAAAUGGGCUACACCUCUGCCAAAGGCCAACAGGCGGAACUAUGGUGGCCCGCUGGCUGUUGAAACACCCCUCGAGGACAAUCAGCAUCGAUGAUACGGACAGUUGCCAAAAUACAGCUUUACACCUCGCCGCUGAACUAGGCAACCAACCCAUGGUGCAGCUCCUCCUCGACAUGGGCGCCAGAGCCGACAUUCCAGGUCCAGGAGGGUUCACGCCUCUCAUGGCAGCUGUGCAGGCGACAAUGAGAAGCCAGGAUGAGAAACUAAAGGUUCUAAAGGCCUUGGUCGACAAAGGAGCAGACCCUACACUCAAGUACUACGGGGGCCAGACGGCUAUUGACAUGGCCAAUGACGGUCAAAUACGCCGGUGCCUUCAGAAUUGGAGCAAGCCGUUUUCGAAACCGACAAGGAGAUUUUCAAUUGCUUCUUGGAAGAGCUAA